GACCGCCCCGGCCCCCGCCCUCCACCGUACCGCAACAUGGCGGCCUCCCCGGGCGGGCGGGGCUGAGGAAGCGGAAUCACCUCCGCCGCGGCCGGAAGGGCCGGGCGAGCUGUGGCGGCCAUGGCUGACGAAGAGGAGGACGCGCCGUUUGAAGAAGAUGCGGAAGAAGCCGGCGGUGGCCUGGACGGUGGGCAAGGCAAGAGGAAGAGGCUGUUCUCCAAAGAACUACGAUGCAUGAUGUAUGGAUUUGGGGAUGACCAGAACCCGUAUACAGAAUCAGUGGACAUCCUUGAGGACCUGGUAAUAGAGUUUAUCACAGAAAUGACACACAAGGCCAUGUCAAUUGGGCGGCAGGGUCGUGUACAGGUUGAGGACAUUGUCUUUCUAAUCCGCAAGGACCCUCGGAAGUUUGCCAGAGUUAAAGACCUCCUAACUAUGAAUGAAGAACUGAAACGAGCCAGAAAGGCUUUUGAUGAAGCAAAUUACGGAUCUUGAUUCUGUAGAGGCUGCACUGGGGCAUUACUUGGGCACCUACUGCCCAAAAGGAAGGAAUAUCAUGUUUUGUUUGGAGGGGUGAUUCAGGAUGGGGGUCACUGCUGGGAUGCCUGCCCUUGCUCCCAGCCUUUUCAGAAAUGUAUUCAAGCAGCUGAAUGUCAUCUGAGUAUAUGUGGUAUACUUAGGUAUUUUAUACCAUUUUAUGAAUGAGAAAAGAGCUCUAAAGAUUCUUGUAAUGGCAGCAAGUCUGAAGUAGGACUGUGUUGAACCAGAGGACUGAUGAGGGGUUAUUCUCUACAACUUUCAGUUAUCACUGGGCAUUCCUGUGACUGGAAACCUAGAAAAUGGAUCUUGAUUAACUGGACAAAGUCUUCAAGGCCUAACUACUAUAGAAGUUCUGCUAUUUGCACUGUGCAUGCUCUUUGAAUAAAACAUUUUUAAGUUUGCGCCCAUUCCUCAUAAGUAAACUUACAUUGAUCAUUCAUACAAGGUGCAUAAUAUAGGGGUUUUAGCACUUAAUUGGCUAGGAUUUUUUUUUAUUCUGUCCCAAUGGGCACAGGUCUUUGGUUUUUUUACCAAUAUUAAGCCUAAGAAAUGGAAGUUGACCUAUUCCAGAUUUACUUGCACUUACAGCCUUAGCCUUGCACGUUAGGCAGGUGCUCUACAAUAAAGCAGAUAAUUCAUGUUUUCCA